CACAGGAUAAAGUCGCAGUAACCAAAGUCCCACCGGUCAUCUUCUAGCAACACGAAAGCGGAAUAAACAAAUCUAUAAAUCAUGAGUAUGUUUUUGUUUUUCCUGAUUCUUUCCAGUGAAUCCGUUCACACGCACCGCAGUGCACUGAAUGAUUUCCAGCGUUCUGAAGGUAGAGAGCUGGUACCAUGGAAAGCUGACCGUGUCAAUAUACUACCAGGGAUCUCACUGGAGGAGUGUGCAAAACGCUGCUCGGAGAGCCUCGACUGCAGGGCCUUCAACUACGUCUUUCGUCCCUCUCUAAUCUGUAAGCAUUUGCCCUGGGUGGGCAACACGGAAAUUGCAGAGGUGAAGAGAAACGUCAACUGUGACUUGUAUGAGAUGAAAGUGUAUAUCAGGAAGUGCAUCAUUGGUAAUGGAGAGGACUAUCGGGGACAUGUAUCCAAGACCAAAACUGGGCGGACAUGUCAACAGUGGUGGUCAAAGUUUCCUCAUGAUCACAAAUAUACCCCCUCUUCCACUAAUGGCCUGGAGCUAAACUACUGUCGCAAUCCAGAUGGGGACAACAUUGGACCCUGGUGCUACACCACGGACCCUGAGCGCCGAUAUGAGAGUUGUAAUAUCCCUCAGUGUAAAGAUGAGGUGUGCAUCACCUGUAAUGGGGAGGAUUACAGGGGUCAGGUUGAUCGUACAGUGAGUGGAAAAGAGUGUCAGAGAUGGGACCAGCAAAAUCCACAUCAGCACAUCUAUCAACCAGAAAAAUACCCCGAUAAAAGCCUGGAUGAUAAUUACUGCCGGAACCCUGAUGCCUCUCCCAUGCCUUGGUGUUACACUACUGACCCUGAUGUAGAGAGAGAGAGCUGUGACAUCCGCAAAUGCUCGGAGGCCCCAAAGCGGCGUUCCCGCUCCGGCUACACCACAAACUGUUUCCGAGGCCGUGGAGAGGAUUACAGGGGCAAAGUAAACGAGACGACGUCAGGCAUCCCAUGUCAGCGCUGGGACGCACAGGCCCCCCAUGAGCACCCAUUUUACCCACACAUUUAUGAGUGCAAGGGAUUAGAAGAGAACUACUGCCGUAAUCCAGAUGGUUCAGAGGCUCCAUGGUGCUUCACAUCGAGGGCUCAGAUGAGGACAGCACUUUGUCUACAGAUCAAACGCUGCGCUGAUGAUAUUGAGGCUGAAGACUGUUAUAAUGGAAAUGGAAAAAAUUACAGAGGUGCUGUCCGGAAAACACGGAAGGGAAUCCUCUGUCAGAACUGGAGUGUAAACACACCACAUAAAACUAAGAUUAAUCCAAGGACACAUCCAGAGGCCAACCUGACAGAGAACUACUGCAGGAACCCAGACGGAGAUCUCCAUGGACCCUGGUGCUACACCACUGACCCCAAAACUGAAUUUGAUUACUGUGCAAUCAAGCAGUGUGCUGGGGAGGGUCCACCUAUUAUAAUGCCACCAGAGGGUGUGGUGUUUGAUGAAUGUGGGAAGCGUGAUGACCGUAAGUUAAAAAAGUUGAGGAUUGUUGGUGGCACACCAGGAAAUUCUCCAUGGACAGUCAGCCUGAGAGACAGGAAAGGAAAGCAUUUUUGUGGAGGAUCCCUGGUGAACUCAAAAUGGGUGAUUAGCACUAAGCAGUGUUUCUCUUCUUGCAGUUAUGUGGACCUCACAGGGUAUGCUGCGGUCAUGGGCACAGUAUACCGUGAACCGAAGGAAGGAGAACCCAGCACACAGUCCAUUGCUCUAAACAAAAUUGUUUGCGGACCAUCAGAGUCACAUCUAGUCUUACUACAACUAGAAACUCCUGCAGAGUUUAAUGAUCGUGUGGCACAAAUAUGUCUUCCCCCUGAGCGCUACAUUGUUCCAGAGGGAACCAGCUGUGAAAUUGCUGGUUGGGGGGAGACAAAAGGAACAGGAGAUGAAACAGUGCUGAACGUUGCUCAGAUGCAAGUGCAGAGCAACAGCGAAUGUAACAAGUACUUCAAAGGACGUGUGAAGCAGAACGAGAUGUGCACUACGUCUUUUUUUGGUGGCGUCGGGGCUUGUGAAAAAGACUAUGGAGGCCCUCUGGCAUGUCAGAACAGUGACUGCUGGGUUUUAGAGGGAGUCAUCAUCCCUAUGCGUCGCUGCGGGCACCCAGGGCAACCCAAUAUCUUUAUCCGUGUAUCGAUGUAUGUAGACUGGAUCAAGAAAGUCAUGGAGAUGGCAUAGUUGUCAGAAAACACCCUGCAUAACAAUGUAUUACAUAUUUUCUAGUAUUUGCAGAUAUCAGAUCUCUGCUUGAGUCAAAUGAAGUCUAGAUUGUUAAUUGCUACAAAUGAAUGUAAGUAGAGUAAUAAUCAGACUGCUGCUGUACAAGUUGUACUUUAGUUUUAUGAUAUAUGCUUAUGUAUGUACUUAUGUACAGACCUCUUUGAAAGUAUAAAAUGUUUGUUUCAAGAUUAAAUAAAUAAUAUGUAAUAAUUGAUUAGAAUCUCAGCUUUCACUUCAUGAUAGUUACAUCUAGAGGCGUGAAACAACUUUGAACAUGGCAUCUCCAGUCAUGUAUUUCAACAAAUAGUAUUUUAGCAGAUAGUCUGUAUAGCUUUAAAACACUUUCAUAUAUGGUUACAUCUCUUGCCUGAAAUAACACUCAAUGGCAGCCCAUGAACUUUGCAUUAUUAAGUGUUUUUUCAUUGUUUUACUGCAUGCUGCAAGUUGCUCCCAAAAAUACUGGAUGUGCUUUACUGAUUAGCUUGUUUUUUUUGGAUCAUGAACAGAUCCUUUCUUUCUUUAUACUUCACACUUUUCUUAAAUGUGGUAGAGGUUAUUGAUGGUUCCAGAAUUUUUGUGGUUCAUCAAGUAUUACUGAAUUCCAAUUCAGCCUUCUGAUUCCUGCUGCUAAUGAGGGAUUUGUGUCCUGUGUUAUGGCUUCUGUAUUUCUGCUCUCAAAGCCUUCUUUGAACAAUGGAUUGUAACAGACACCCCUGUUUGUGGAGGUUGUUGGUGAUAGCACUGACUGUUUAAGACUGAUCAAGAGGUAAAUAUCAGGAAAUUAAACCUGACUCAUAAUAAUCCUUUUAAACCCAAAUGCGAAAUCAAAAGAAUUGAUCAUGCCCUACUAGUACUUUCAGAGUGGACUGUAUAUGAUUGUCAUGCUUAUCUGUUUAUCUAAACGUUUAUCUGUAAAGUAGAUUUUCAUUUACCAAAGCCUAUUUAUCCUUUAUUUGUUAAUGUUAAAACAUAGUCCUUAGAAUUUCAGGAACACUACACCUUGUAACUUGUGUUGUGGCAAAAUUGCAAAUGCCUCAAUAAAAGCUUCACUUUUCAACA